AUGAAUGAAGAGGCGAUGCCGUCGAUCAAGGCUUCUGUGACGGCCACAAGAGAGCCAUACAAUAAGCCGAUGCCAUCCGCUUAUUGCGCCCCAUAUUCUGGUACUGUUUGUCGGCGUUUUAUUCCCACCAAUUCGUUGGUGUUCUUCAAUCUAACCACCGAUGACUUCGAAGUUCACAUACCGUUGAACGAAAUGAUUGCUCAAAAUCUGUGGACAGAACUGAUAUCAUCGCUUCAGGAGCCGUGUCGUAAUGCGGCCGAAACCCUGUUUUGCAGCUAUGCUUUCCCGGAGUGUCACUACACACAGGGAGAGCCCGUUAGCAAACCCUUGUGUCGCGAAGACUGCAUAGCCGUCAGGGAAUCGCUGUGCAAUCGCGAGUGGGCUCUACUCGAAGACAACAAACAAAAGGGCAUUUUCUUCAAAUCUCGCGGACACUUCCGACUCCCGGACUGCGAACAGUUGCCGAGUCAUGCGAACCGUACGGACCCGCCCUGUUCUCACGCCAGUCUCACUCUCCUCCAGACAGAUCAGGUCACCUAUGAUUGCGUCAGAGGUCGCGGACGCUAUUAUCAGGGUUUGGUGAAUGUGACCAAAGAAGGCAUUCCCUGCCAACGCUGGGACACUCAAGUGCCUCACACUCACAAUAGGCCUCCCUUUGUGUUCCCAGAGAUUUGGAAUUCAGAUAACUAUUGCCGAAAUGCGGGCGGAGAAGAACCACAUCCAUGGUGCUACACAUCUGACCCGAUCGUCCGUUGGCAACACUGUCACAUCCCUUCUUGCGACUCAGAAGAGAUGGCAAACAACGAGACCAUUGAUCCGACACUAAUCGAGAUCUUUUCCACUCCACUCCAGUCUAGUUUUAAUCCGCCAUUAAUUCUCAUAUUGAGCUCAAUUGUUGUGUUAAUCUUCGGCUGCCUUUUGGUUAUAAUACUAACUGUUUGUCGCCUUUCAUAUAAACACCGGAGACGAGGCUAUAACGCAGCCCUCACUACAGAUGUCGAGAUAGACCUAAACAAACUUCCCUCAAAUUUUGCUUAUCAUUCAACUUCUGUCAAAUUGAAUCCCAAAUUAGAAGCUCUCGAAUAUCCACGAAAUGAUAUCAUCUAUAUUAGAGACAUCGAAGCUCUCGAAUAUCCACGAAAUGAUAUCAUCUAUAUUAGAGACAUCGGUUCCGGAGCUUUCGGACGAGUCUUUAUGUGGGAAUGGUCGUCAACGGUGGGGUCUAUCGCCAGAUUCGAGGAGGUGAGGGUGUGUGUGGGUGAGCUCGAAUCGGGAGACGGACUUAUUGACGGUAUUGUAGGCCUAAAUCUGGAGGACGACAAGGUCUUACCGUUGAAUGUGGAGGUGAGUGGAUACGAGUGCAGUCAGUGGUGGACGAGGAGUGGCCACUUUGUGGUCGCGACGGAUACUCAGGUGGUGUACGGCGUGAAUGUGGUGAUUGGCGCUACUUUAUAG